AUGGUGCCCAACGGCUCAGUAAAUGAAGUGGCACGUCUCUCGUCCUCUGUGAAACACCUGGGCUCAGUGGCAGCAGGUCGAUAUGCUCUCUACCUGUUCUUUGAGCAGUCCAUGGUGUGGGUGUUACUGCUCCGUCUGCUCUGCUACUCUGCCUUGUUCCUCAACCGCUACUUCAGCAGCCGAGGAAUCUUCCUCUCCGCCACCAUCCUCAUCUAUCUACUCAUGGGAGAGCUACAUAUGAUUGACUCAGUGACCUGGCAUAAAAUUAGAGGUUCUCAGAUGGUGGUGGCCAUGAAGGGCAUUUCUCCGGCUUUUGACCUGGACAGAGGCACCAUGCCUGCUGUUCCCAAUCCUCUGGAGUUCACAGGCUACAUUCUCUUAGAGGGCACUGUCAUCUUUGGGCCCUGGGUCAGCUACUCAAGCUACAAAGAGGCCAUUGAGAGCCACAAGCUGGUAAGCCACAGCUGGACCUGGCUCCAGAAGUUUUCAGUGAGCUGGGUCAAAUGCCAGGUGUGCUUGGUGAUAUCCAACUGCAUCACCCCAUACCUCUUCCCCUACUUCAUUCUAAUCCACCGCAGGACAAUAAACCCCAUCUUGACUCCACUCCUGGACAAAUGUUUUCAAAAUGCGCUGAAACUUGGCACAUUUCCUUCCAUCAUUGUGACUUACACAGCCAGUGCCUUGCUACAUGGCCUGAGUUUCCAUCUUGGGGCCGUGCUGCUGUCUCUGGGCUUCAUCACUUAUGUGGAACAUGGUAAAUUGAGGGAGAGGCUGGCAGCCAUUUUUAGUGCCUGUAUCCUGUCCAAACAGUGUCCCACCAAUUGUCGCCAUCAGCACCAGAAGGAGCUAUGGGUGUAUGGGAUCAACAUGACCUUCAGUGCCAUGGCCAUCUUCCAUCUGACAUACCUUGGCUCCCUGUUAGACGCUGACAUAGAAAACUUGGCUGCAGAGGAGGGUUAUGUUGCCAACCACACCAUUCAGAAGUGGUCAGAGUUGAGCUGGGCCAGCCACUGGCUGGUCUUCGCCUGCUGGUUAUUCUACCGCCUCAUUCAGUGAUCUCAUUUGACAGAAGGCCUGGACUGAACAGAAGACUGGUUCAAAAAGAACCCUUAGCUCACAGGUGGGCCAUCUUACCUGGUAUGGGCUGGUGUGGGUG